AUGUCCAACUGUAUGAACACUUUGUCUUUCGUUAAAUGCAAUAAAGGUCAUCGACAACUCGUUCGCAAUGGUUCCAUUUACAAGCUCAAUCGACAGACAUCUACAAAGAUGUAUUGGAUUUGCAAACAUCGAGGUUGCACCGCCACUGUUCAUACUGAUAAAACUGAUAAUUAUCUUCAGUCAAACGGUGAACACAAUCAUUUAAUCGAGCCAGAGGAACUCGAAGUUCAACGGUUUCGAAUAGCUUUGAAGGAUCGUGUUAUCAAUGAAACGGCCCCCAUUCCAAAGAUAUUCGAUGAAGAGAUCGCUAAAACUCGAUUUUCACCUGAUGCACUUGCUAAUGUUCCAAUGUUUCGUGAUAUACAACCCGGAUUGAACCAAGCGAGAAGAAAACUAACACCUUCUCUUCCAAGAUCGAUUUCAUUCGAUAUCCCUGAUUCUUAUCGAAGCACAGCUUGCGGAGAAAAAUUUCUAGUUUNACUCUUGUCAUUAGAACUAUACAAAAGAUGUUCAAUGCAUUAUUCAUGUAUCCUAAACAUCUAA